CACGGAGGGGAUUUCGUGGUAGAGAGAACACGCGCGUCGAGUCUAAGGGGGAGUGAAAGCGGAGCGCCGGGGAAAAGGAGAAGUUGUUUUUGUUUUUUGGGGGCUUUUCUCUCUCGCCGAGGACAGAAGGACGUAGCUGAUCCCCGCGUUCCCCCCCCCCCAGGAGGUGUUUUCUCUGAACACGGGACGUGGUUUUUUGGACCAUGCCUGCCGAAGUAAAACAGGAGCAGAGUCCCAGCAACGCCACAUCCCUGGCCAUGAUGCAGGAGCCCCAGGAGGUGGUGGAGGAGACGGUCACCAUCGAGGAGGACCCCGGCACCCCCACCUCCCACGUCUCCGUGGUCACCUCCGAUGAUGGCACUACAAGACGUACAGAAACCAAGGUGACCAAGGUGGUUAAAACCGUCACCUGCCACACCUACCACCCUUUGAAGGCGACCGAGAGGCGGUCUCCAGGAGAGUCCCGCCCCCCUGCGUCCAUCUCCACCAGGCCGCCGGAAACCACCCAGUUCACCCCGCCCCGACCGCACCCAGUCACCAAGAUGGUGAAGACGGUGACCACGCGCACGGUCCGCCAGGUGCCCCUCGGCCCCGACGGCCUGCCGCUGCCCGAGGGCUCCUCGCCGCUGGGCAGCUACACGGACUCCAUCGACCGGCGCUACGUGAAGAACGGCGGCGGCGGCGGCGGCGAGCGCUACAUGAACCCCCAGGCGUCCUCCACGCUGACCCGCGGCUACAACAACUCCUCCUACAACGCCUCCUACAACAGCGAGCAGCCCCCCUACGGCGGCGAGCCCCCCGACGCCCAGUACGCCCGGCACUACGGCCUGCACGACGGCUACGGCGACGCGGCGGACAACUACGGCAGCCUGUCGCGCGGCGUCAACUUCCGGCCGCCCCGCUACCCCUACAUGACCAACAGCUACCGGCCGGAGAACAGCUACACGCUGCCCAUCCGCAAGGACGACUACGGCCACGGGGCCCAGCCCCAGGUGCCCAUGGGCGGCAGCACGGCCGAGCUGAACCGCUCGCAGCCCGAGCGCUUCCAGGCCGAGCCGUACGGCCUGGAGGACGACCGCCGCAGCCUGGGCGGCGAGGAGGAGGAGGAGGAGCCCUACGAGCUGGAGCCCGACUACUCCACCGCCGGGCGCCGCACGCUGCCGGGCACCACCAGGGGGCGCACCCACCGGGAGCCCCUCCGCGACGGGCCGCGAGCCAGAGGAUACCCGGAGGAGGCGGCGGCGGUGGUGGUGGAGGGGGAGCUGAUGGACGAGCGCCACCCGUACCUCCACGGCAUGUACUCGGCGCCGCUGGCCCAGCCGGAGCGGGGCAGCAUGGCCAGCCUGGACCGCAUGGCGGGCCGCCGCUCGCCCUCCCUGGACAGCAUGCGCAAGGACCCGCGCUGGCGCGACCCCGACCUGCCCGAGGUCAUCGCCAUGCUGGGCCACCCCAUCGACCCGGUCAAGUCCAACGCCGCCGCCUACCUGCAGCACCUGUGCUACGAGAACGACAAGAUCAAGAAGGACGUGCGGCAGCUGAAGGGCAUCCCCGUGCUGGUGGCGCUGCUGGACCACCCCAAGUCGGAGGUGCACCGCAAGGCGUGCGGCGCGCUGCGCAACAUCUCCUACGGCAAGGACCACGACAACAAGGUGGCCAUCAAGAACUGCGACGGCAUCCCCGCGCUCGUGCGGCUGCUGCGGAAGACCAACGACAUGGAGGUGCGGGAGCUCAUCACAGGAACUCUGUGGAACCUGUCCUCCUAUGAGCCCCUGAAGAUGGUGAUCAUCAACCACGGCCUCCAGACCAUGACCAACGAGGUCAUCAUCCCCCACUCGGGCUGGGAGCACGAGCCCAACGAGGACUCUAAGCCCCGGGACGCCGAGUGGACCACCGUCUUCAAGAACACCUCCGGGUGCCUAAGGAACGUGAGUUCGGACGGGGCGGAGGCGCGGCGCAGACUGAGGGAGUGCGAGGGAUUGGUCGACGCCCUGCUCCAUGCCCUCCAAUCAGCUGUCGGCAAGAAGGACAUGGACAACAAGUCGGUGGAGAACUGCGUGUGCAUCAUGAGGAACCUGUCCUACCACGUCCACAAGGAGGUCCCCGGGGCCGAGCGCUUCCUGGACCCCUCGGCCCCCCAGGCCCCGGGGUCGGCCGCGACGCAGCGCAAGAAGAAGGACGACGCAGGCUGCUUCGGGGGCAAGAAGGCCAAAGAGGAAUGGUUUAAUCAAGGCAGGAAAAACGGAGACGGAGACAAGACCUACGACACGUUGGACUUACCGAAGCGCACGGAACCAUCGAAAGGCUUUGAGCUGCUGUACCAGCCCGAGGUGGUGCGUCUGUACCUGUCUCUGCUGACGGAGAGCCAGAACUACAACACCCUGGAGGCGGCCGCUGGUGCCCUGCAGAACCUCAGCGCCGGACAGUGGACCUGGUCCAACUACAUCCGGGCUACAGUACGGAAGGAGAAGGGUCUGCCCAUCCUGGUGGAACUGCUGCGGUCCGACUCGGACAAGGUGGUCCGUGCGGUGGCCAUCGCCCUGAGGAACCUAUCCAUCGACCGCCGUAACAAGGACCUAAUCGGCAGCUACGCGAUGCGCGACCUGGUGAGCAACCUGCCCAGCGGCCAGCAGCGGCCCGCCAAGAACCUGGAGGAGGACACGGUGGUGGCCAUCCUUAACACCAUCCACGAGAUCGUGACGGACAGCUCGGAGAACGCCCGCUCGCUCAUCCAGGCACAGGCCGUCGAGAAGCUGGUGGCCAUCAACAGAACCAGCCAAUCGUCACGUGAAACCAAGGCGGCUUCCCAUGUCCUGCAGACGGUGUGGGGCUACAAGGACCUCAGGAACGCCCUGACCAAGGACGGCUGGAACAAGAGCCACUUCCAGCCUACAGUUGCAGCAACCCCUAAAUCAGCCAAAAACGGCAAGCCUGGCUAUGAUGACACCACCCUGCCCCUGAUGGAGAAGAAUCAAGAUGGAUACACCACCAUCGACCAUAGGGAGAAGGAGUGCAAGUACAAGGCUGUGGACCCUGAGGACCCAACAGAGCAUGAGCCCUUAAAGGCUUAGAGGAACCACAUCCCCACAUCCCAAUGUGAGGCCCUCUCGCAUCACCACUGCCAUCCCACACAGAGCUCACCCUGGUCGCCAACUCUGCAAGCAGACUUUGUAAAUGGACAAAACUAAUCAAAAAACACAGGCGCUCCUGAAAACGUGGUCGACAAAAACAUAAAAUCAAUGAGUUUAAAAAAGAAAAAGGCGACUUCUUCUACUACUACUUUAACUUCAUAUCAACAUUCCCACUGAAUGCCGCGGCCACAGCGGUCUCUCUCGUUGAGUGAAAGGAGGAGGAGGAGGAGGAGGAGGAGGAAUGUGAGGCAUGGAUGAAGGCGAUAAGAAUACGAAGAUGAAGGAUAUUGAAAUUGGCAUAAAAAGGUGGACAUGAAGCUAUAAUGGGCUAGGGACCGCUACAUGAUGGGGGCAAGAAAAUAAGGUAUUUUUAAAUUAGGUUUCAGCUGCUAGAUAAAUCAAAAAGCAGAUAACGUUGUUUUGACAUUUAAUGCGUCAAAUCCUAUCCUAGUUUGAAACCCCCUCUCUACCCUUUAGAAAUUGUGAUUAUGAUGUUAUUGGAAAUCCUAAACCGUUGUGUUUGUCCAUGAAGGCCAUAGAAGGUUGGUAGCAAUGUGGGCGGUAAGUGGAGCUUGAUAGACGAAGAUAGAUAGAGAGAGGGAGAGAAAGAGAGAGAGAGAGAGAGUAGGAGAGAGAGAGAGAAGGAGAGAGAGAGAGAGAGAGAGAGAGAGAGCGAGAGAGAGAGAGAGAGAAACAGAGUGGGAGAGGAAGAGAGAGAUUAACAGAGUGAGAAAGGAAGAGAGAGAGAAAUUAGAGAGGAAGAGAUUUAGAGAACUGUAGCACAUCCACACCAGCCUGCUCUUGCAGACUUCUAAACUAUUCAGUUCACUGUUUCAUUAAUACAAAUAAGAGAGCAUAUAGGCCAGGGCUUACAGCCGUUUCAUGGAAAGAAUAAUGACUUCAUUUCAAACAGUGAGCAGAGCCAGGGUGAAGAGGAGAACUCAUCACUCGAGUCUGACAGCCAGCGGUUGCUCUUUGCCAAUGAGUACGCCAUGAGUGUAUUUCAGAGGAUUUAAAGGUGUUUAUAGUCGACAGUGUGCUCUAGAAGGAGAGAGGCAGGUGUGGAUGCUUUGGCUGUUGAAAUGACAGCCACGAUAAAGCAUUUUAUAUUUUUGUUGGGUUUUAUACAAAUGUAUAUUGGGGUAAUGAAGAUAAAAAACGAAAACGGAAAUAUGAAGUGAAAAAGCGCCGGAGACCAUCUUCGUUGUACAUUGAUCACAGAUCCAUUCGUCGAGGAAGUUCUGUGUUUGUGAACAAAAAAAACAACUGUUUACCCGUAGCUCACGUGUAACAACUCAUGUCUCGUCAUGACAAUUUCUCACUUAUUUAUAUAUUUGUAUUGUUGAAAUGCAACAAACAAAAACGGAUGCGACGCAUCGACAGUGGUUGUUCCUUCGACGGCAAUGAGCUGAGGGUGGAGCUGGCAGGUCCCCAUCAGGUUCUCCACGCCCAGAUGUUUGUAUUCCCCGCCACUCAGCCACCAUAGGAGGAUGGAUGGACAGGGAAACCGCUGGUAUAGAAUUGCCGGGAGACAGCAGUGCCCCCCCCCCCCCACCCCACCCCCCUUUUCUCCAGAGGAUCCCCUGCUGCACUUAGAUUAAGUUACCGACCAACAAAACCAUCACUUGAUUUCACUAAUGCAUCGUAAUAGAAAAAAAUAUAUAUAAAUAUAUAUAUAUUUCAACCUAGCAUGAAGGAAAUUGUACAGAUGUUUAUAUUAUAUUCUAUCCAAGUGCCACAUUUUGGUUUUUUCUUUUCUUUUUUUGUUUGUUGUUUGGUGGUGUUGUUGGAUUUUAACUUUGUUCAUGUGUAGGGAAGACGGACACAUGUAUAUAUGUGCCAGACUAAACUAAACAAUCUCAAAUGAGUUGCUUCACAUUGUAAAAAAGCCAACCACACCACGGUCACUCGCAUAUAAAUAUAUUUUUUCUAUGUUUUAGUGUGGGCAGUUGGAAAAGUAGGAUUGCAGAGCUAACACACUUGCGUUUUGUUUUGUAUCUGUCUGUUUUUGACUGAACAGGUUGCUAGUAACAUAGUGAAAUAUCACACGCUUACUCAAUGCAAAGUCCUGUGGCGGUGCUAAUAGUCUGACAGAGUGCUACAAAGUGACAUUGUAAUCCACUGUAGAAUCCCUACUGGCUGUGACUCACUCUGCAUAGGGUCGGGGUGGGGGGGGGGGGACAACAGAGAAAUGGCCAGGACAGUUCCACCCAUACGUCUGCUAUGGCAUGUGCCUGCAUUGGAGUCAGAAUUUUCUUUUGUGAUGUGAUUUUAUAAAGCUUGCAUAUUUUACACAGUGUUUACAAAGACGUACGAUGUGCUAUCAAUAAAUACGAAUAAAAAAAUCUAUGUUUUUCAUUUCAGUGAUGCAGAAAAAAAGAACUAUCCUAGCAUCCCUUUUCUAUGUGCUUUUUUGGGGUUUUGUGCGUGUAUGUGAGUGUGUGAGUGUGUGUGUGCGCUCUCAUCGCACAUAUUACUAUAUUACUACAUCCUAUCGCAACCAAGAGCCCCUAAACGUUUGACUGACCUUUUGCUGACCUUAUCCCGAGCAUCCCUCCACUGCGCAACACCACAACCAAAGGAACCACGCCUCGUAGGCAUACAAACCCCACAGCUCAGCCGGCAGGAGGUGGUCUGGUGGGGUGUACACACCACUGCUGUACAACCACUGAGCUCGGAGGCGGAGGGACUGUGCUGUAAAUGCGAAAGCCAAGGCGUAUACAGCUGACCAAAACUAGCUAGACCCUUCCUGUGUAGAUAAACGCCAUUGUUUAGAGACGGUCGUCAUACAAGUAACUUGUACUACACGGUAGCAGACGUGUUUGUAUGUACCUAUCAUGUGCCUUAAUCCUAUUUCCAUGGUAGAUAAAAAAUCAAUAAAAAGAUAACUGUGUUUUAUAAGACAUUCUUGCUCCACUCACUGCCAUCCCCCCCCCCCCCACCCAUCUCCCUCCUUUAAAGUAAAGGCCCUCAUUUCAAUCAUUCGGUCACUCACUCAUUGACACAUUCACUCACUCUGUUACCCUUGUAGUCUAGACUGUUGGUGAAGUUUUUGCCUUUUAUUACAAUAUAUUAAAAACUUUUCAAAACACUAGAUAUUUGGUUUCAUAGAGAAGUAAAAGUUGUGAAUGCUUUGGUAGCCAGCAGCCGAUGCCACAGUGACAGAAUGUAUUAUGUUGAUUUUACUAAUAUCCUGAGGCAAGUUUACGCUUGUUGAACAUAAUGGAAAAAAUAAAUACUGGUUUGUAGAGUAUACAUUUGGUGUGUUUUCAAUAAAUCAU